UGUACAACUGAAGCGAGCCAUAAACCGAUAUAACAACACUUGGGAUUCCAACCUAGACAGCGCAUAAAUAACUUGAUUUUUUUCGAAGUAAUCGCUGAAACGCUUGUGUUAUGUCGAUAGAACAAGAAUCAAUAGCCGCUGAAAAAUUGCAGGCAAUCGAGGAGGAUAAUAAUAGUGAAAUAGCCUCGAGUAAAUCGGAUGGAAAGAGAAAGUUUACAGUGAUAGAACCAGCAUUGUUUCUAAAUUACAUAGCGACAGCGUUGGCCGGUGCUGUGCUACAAAAUCAAGAACUCUACCAAACUUGUGUUGCCGUUUACGAUUACGAUGAGGAAUUGUGUGAACCAAUGUUGGGAGUUAUAGCCAAAAACGCGACAUCACAAGCCAUCGAAACCCAAGUGCAACCCUAUGUGGCCAGGAUUAUUAUGGCGAGUUCGCUGAUUAACAGCGUUUUGCCCGCAUUCCUCAGUUUAUUUAUUGGACCUUGGUCGGAUAAAUUUGGACGCAGACCAGUGCUUGUAGCAACCUUCGCAGCGGCAUUUCUCGGGCAUGUUAUAACGUCAAUAUUGGCGGGUAUAUCUAUGGCGACACCGAUAAAUCCUUGGGUCUACAUUAUAUCGUACAUACCACUGGCACUAACUGGCGGCACCUGUGCCCUGAUAGCGAUGUCAUUUUGUCUGGUUUCCGAUGUCAGUGAUGAGGGCGGCAGAGCUAGACGCCUGUUCUUGGUCGAGGGCGCUAUGGGUAUUGGUACACUAGUUGGCAAUUUGAUAGCCAGCUACAUACUGGCCGCAACUGGUACUAUCGGCGUAUUCGUAAUUGCUGGUAGUAUGGAUUUGGUAGCGCUACUUUAUAUCGCCAUCUUUGUAACCGAAAGUUUGAACGUGAAACAUGAAAGAACUAAGUCGCAUGUACGUGAGUUCUUCAAAUUCGAUUUGAUUAGGGAUCUGGUUAAAACUUGCCUGAAACGCAGACCGCACUAUGAUCGCGGCAUCAUUUGGUGUAUUAUGUUCGCCUUAAUUUCGACAACCUUUGUGCAGCAGGGUGAAGCGAAUGUAAUUUAUCUGUUUCUACGCAACAAAUUCAAUCUCACACUGCAAGAAUUCACCACUUUCACCGCGGCCGGCAUUGGUAUCAAAAUGAUUGGUUGUGCCAUCAUUUUGAUAUUAUUGCGUGUGGUAUUCAGCGCGCCUUUAACUGUGGUGGCUAUACUUGGCUUGUUGGGUAGCUUUGCCGACAGUUUUAUACGCGCUUUGGCGGAGAAGUUUUGGCAGAUGUAUGUGGCUGCGGUUGCGGGCUUCAUGGGUGGCAUUAACAGCCCCAUGUUGCAAGCGGUACUUGCGAGUUUGGUGGACCGCACAGAAAUCGGCAAAGUAUAUGCGGUAAUUACCUCACUGCAAACACUAUCGCCUUUGGCAUCGGCGCCAGUCUACACCGGUAUUUACAACGCGACAUUGGUAUCAUAUCCUGGCGCUUUCUACUUUCUCAGCUCUGCUCUCUAUGUCGCAAACUUUUUCCUCAUAACGAUUAUAUACAUUAUGCAGCUUAAAACGAAUAUUAAUUUAAACAAACAACACACAAUGGCAGCGCGUCGGCCAACCUCGUUGAAUCUGAAUGCGAGACACUCGACUUCUCUCGAGCAGUUCGUCUUCGAAGUUGGUACUGCGAUGCCGUUAACACCCGGUUCAACACCGGAAAUUACGCCGUUACCGUUAUUUCCAAUAACCGAAACCGAAACCGAAACCAAAACAGCAGAAGCUGUACCGAGUACCAAUAAUAAUAUGGCUUCAAACCGAUUUGUGGAAAAAAAUAAACGCACCGUGAUUGAGCCGGCGGUCUUUCUGGUUUAUGUUGCCACUGCAAUGGCCGGUGCCGUUUUGCAGAAUCAACAACUCUAUCAAACCUGCCACGCUGUUUAUAAUUAUGAUAAAGAACUCUGUGAGCCAAUGCUGGGAGUUAUUGCUAAAAAUGAGACUUCCAAAGAAAUCGAAACCAAAAUACAACCCUAUGUGGCCAACAUUAUAAUGACGAGUUCGGUGAUAAGCAGUGUUUUGCCUGCAUUCCUCAGUUUAUUUAUUGGACCUUGGUCGGAUAAGUUUGGACGCAGACCGGUGCUUGUGGCAACUUUCUCAGCGGGCUUCAUCGGACACACUAUAACAACAAUUCUCGCAGCAAUUUCUCUGUUAACACCUUUGAAUCCAUGGGUUUAUAUAUUAUCGAAUAUACCAUUGGCUUUGACCGGUGGCACCUGCGCGUUAAUAACAAUGGUAUUUUGUCUAGUCUCCGAUGUGUCGGACGAAGGCGGUAAGGCGAGACGUAUGUUCUUUGUGGAUGGCGCUCUGGGUAUUGGUAUCCUUAUUGGCAAUGUGAUCAGCAGUUAUAUACUGGCUGGAACCGGUACCAUAGGCGUAUUCACCAUUGCUGCCAGUAUGGAUUUGCUAGCGUUGCUGUAUUUGCUCUUCUUCGUCGACGAAAGUUUGAAGAUACAACACGAACGAAAAGAGUCACACUUGCGAGAGUUCUUCAAGUUCGGCUUGAUCAAGGACUUGGUAAAGAGCUGUCUAAAACGCAGGCCACACUAUGAUCGCGCCAUUAUUUGGUGUAUAAUGUUCACCUUGGUCACGACAACAUUUGUAAUGCAGGGUGAAUCCAAUGUAUUUUAUCUGUUUCUACGCAACAAAUUCAAUCUCACGCUGCAGCAAUUCACGACCUACAAUGCCGUCACGAUCUGCAUUAAAAUGGUUGGUUGUGGUCUCAUUUUGCUAUUGUUGCGAGUGCUAUUCAAGGCACCUCUUAUAGUUGUCGCCAUGCUUGGCUUGUUGGGUUGUUUCACCGAGAGUUUAAUACGCUCAUUGGCGCAGGCAUUUUGGCAGAUGUACUUGGCCGCGACUUGUGGCUUUAUGGGUGGCAUUAACAGUCCGAUGUUGCAAGCGGUACUCGCGGGUUUGGUAGAAGCUACCGAAAUCGGUAAAAUCUAUGCUGUGAUCUCUUCAUUGCAAACACUUUCGCCACUGGCUUCGGCGCCGGUUUACACCGGCAUUUACAGAGCGACACUGGAGUCAUAUCCUGGUGCGUUUUACCUGCUGAGUGCCGCAAUUUAUUGCAUCAGCUUUGUGCUUAUUACCGUCUUGUUUAUUAUGCAACGAAUCGGUGCCAAAGCUGCCAGGCAACAGUCAACGGCUUAGGAAAAUGUUUAGCAGAAUUCUGUUAUUUGUAUAAACAAAUUGAUACCAAAGCAAAAUUUUUAUAGAAAAAAUAUAUUAAACCAGUAUUUAUGUACUUGCAUGUAUAUGUGUGUCUGAAUAAUGAUUAAAUAGACUUAAGGUUUGUUUUAAGUUCACUAAACAUAAUUGCAUCCAUUAAACUGAAUGUAAUUUCUGUAUAUACAUUUCUUGUAUGUAAGUAUGUAUGUUAAGCGUAAAAAAUUAAUUAAGGGAUCAUAUUUGCAUAUACUUGUGAAUAUUAAUCAUGUAGGUCUAUGUUGAACAAAACUAAAAAUUAUUUACAAAAAAAUGAGUUGCCUAUUUUUUU